UUGGUUGCUAUUAGCUAGCUACGCUAACGUUAGCUCCGUAUCCGGUGUCUGCACUGUUGCUAACUCAGCCUCCAUAGACAUAGAUAGAUAUAUAUAUAUAUAUAUACUGCAAACUGCUUUCUAGAAGACAAGCUAGACUGCAAACUGCUGUCUAGCUUGAUAUGACUAAGAGCACGUGGCCAGCAUGUUUGCUUGCUUCAUAUGGUGUCAAUUUAAUUGUCAACAUUAGCUAGCAGUUGUGUGCGGGACGUGAAAGAAGAGAGAGCCUUGCCACUAACGUUACCCAGUAACGGUUACCACCAGCAACAGCGACGGAUAACGUUUGGUGUUGCCACAGCUGCUUCCUGCUGCUAGCGCAAGUUCCUCGUCUGUCUCGUUCUCUUAAUACAUCCAUGGUCUGUCUGCGGAUGAGCUAGUCUGGCGAUAUAGCUAGCUUUUAAACACACCAGGGCGGUGGAUUACAUAUCUACCUCUCAACCACGAGACGAACUACGAAAGGGAAAUCUUGCAGUUCAUGUUUCGCCAAGAAGUCAGUGUGACGUCUUUUAUUCCAUCUUGUUCGUAUCUUUUCCAACACGAGAAGAGGAACAUGUCCAGAUAUAACAUAUACAGCCUUUUAGACUGGAUCUACGGCGGGGUGGACCCAAAGUUUGAAGGCAACGGGGGCCCCGAGUGUGCCGCGUUCAUCGCGCCCCAGCAGCGCAUUAGUGAAAGUCUGGUCAUAGUCCUGAUCUCUCUAGUGGAGGUUUGCGUUGCGCUGAGUAAAAUAAACCUCUCCAAAGAGCUCAAAGUUGUCGGAAAGGGCUGCACGAGGGCUAAGGAGGACAGCCUGGGCAAGAACUUGUUGCUGGUUGCCCUUUGCAUGACUUUUGGAGUGGAGGUUGGGUUCAAAUUCGCGACCAAGACUGUGAUAUAUCUGCUGAACCCUUGCCAUGUCAUGACCAUGGUUCAGAUCUUCCUGCUGGCCUGCCCGCCAUGUAAAACAGCAAUGGUUGUAUUUAGGCUGCAGGUCCACAUGCUGAACGGUGCAUUACUGGCUUUAAUGUUCCCUGUAGUCAACACUAGACUGCUACCGUUUGAGAAGGAGAUCUACUACAUCCAGCACUCCAUGCUGUACCUGGUGCCUCUCUACCUUUUCAGGAAAGGAGGUGUGUACAAGCCUGAGCCUCUGGGGGACAUGUGGUGGGCGCUGCUCUCCAACGGCAUCCUGUUCCUCUACCACUUCCUCUUCUUGCAGGUCCUUGGCCUGGCAACUGAGGUCAACCUGAACAACAUGCUGUGCCCGGCCGUGUCCGAUCCCUUUUACGGGCCUUGGUACCGGGUGUGGGCGACGGGCCACCAGACCCUGCUGACCCUCGCGCACGGGAAGGUCCUCACACUCCUCUCGCAACACACGGGCUCCGUGUGCAGGUGGCUGCCGGACACGCUUCGACUGCGCAGCAAGAAGGUGGACUGAAUGUCCACGGGGAAGCACACAGACCUAGCCUUUCAUUCCAAUCGCUGCUUUACAUGGGAUUUUUUUGUUUUGUUUUCAAAAUCCACAUUUUAAAGCAUCUUUUAAGACUUACCAUCCGAUUUACUGAAACAAGCGAGCAUUUCAGGGCCAGUGAAUCAACGUGUCAUUAUUUUAGUGUUGUAGUUGGCUUGCAUACAUACUCGCAUGUACAAACAUAAUAGGCAUUUUAAGGCUGGUAGUUAGCCUUGUGGAGUUGGGCCGACUUAGCCUUUUUUUCUUUUCUUUUCUUUUUCCUUUUUGGAAUACAGUUCCCAGGAACGUGUAAGUGGAUUUGUGAGGAGAUUUCUCAAGCUGCCUUUUCGUAAAUGUAAAGUUUUAAGGACAUGGGAGUCAUGUCAAUACUGAUCUUUCAGGUCAUUACGUAGUAGUUAUGCAAGGUCAUAAUAUUAGUGGCUAAAGCGGCCAUUUUGUUUGUCUGUGCUGUUUCGAAACAGAUUGUGAAUGUCAGCUGUUGUAAAAGGCAUUGCUUGUUUAAUAGUCGAUUUCAGUUUGUCAUGUAUGAUCACUUUUCAGUGUUGUCACGACUGAAAAUGGAAAAGUUAUUGAUGGCGUCCCUCUGUUCCCACUUUACUACACACAUGUACAGGGUAUGAACGCGUUAUUAGCAGCCUCAUUUGCGUUUCUGUCUCCAGCCCGUUCAGAUCAUUCCAGUUGUGAUAAUCAGGGGACAUGGGGGACGAAUAGCGUGCUGAGAUUCACAGUGAUGGAUGAGGAUUUAUGGAUGGAUACACUGGGGUGGUGUUAUUACCUCUGCCUAGGAGGUUAUGUUUUUGUCUGUUAUUUUGUUUUGAUAUUGGACCAUAUUAAAUAGGGUAUAAACUUCAGCGUGUCGUUGGAAUGAAUGUGAUGUUUGUCGAGAGAGAAGAUCUUGACCAAAUAUGUAUCUCGGCUGGACUCCCGCACCAUGACACUUGCUUGAUUCUCAAGUUAAUCUUACAAGGCAUUCUGGGGUUACUUACUGGCAACCCUGUCGAAAGAAAGAAGUCGGAAUAUGGUAUAUAUCAUAUCAAGUGCUAGGGGUGUGUGUAUUACUGUAGCAUAUACGUACUGUACUUCACUGUAAAGAAGGGAUGAGACAAACUUUUGUAUUUCUGUGGGUUUGAGUGUAUGUGCUGUAUUGACAAUAAAAGUGCUUUCAGUUGACCAAA